GCCUGCGGCUGGCGGCCCCGCCCCCUUCUCCGGCUCGCGGGCGGGCGCGUCGGCCGGCCCUGGGGCCGCGUCCCCCGGGCAGCUCCUCAGCCGCGGCCUGAGCUUCUGCCCGCAGGUGUCGGCGCCGAGGCUCCCGGGCGCGGCCUGCCUCGGCCCCAUGGUGGGCUUCGGGGCGAACCGGCGGGCCGGCCGCCUGCCCUCCCUGGUUCUGGCGGUCCUGCUGGUGGUGAUCGCGGUGCUCGCCUUCAAUUACUGGAGCAUCUCCUCACGCCACGUCCUGCUGCAGGAGGAGGUGGCGGAGCUGCAGGGCCAGGUCCAGCGCACCGAGGUGGCCCGCGGGCGCCUGGAGAAGCGCAAUUCGGACCUCCUGCUCUUGGUGGACUCGCACAAGAAGCAGAUUGACCAGAAGGAGGCCGAUUACGGCCGCCUUAGCAGCCGGCUGCAGGCCCGGGAGGGCCUGGGGAAGAGAUGCGAGGACGACAAGGUUAAACUGCAGAACAACAUAUCAUAUCAGAUGGCAGACAUACAUCAUUUAAAGGAGCAACUUGCUGAGCUUCGUCAGGAGUUUCUUCGACAGGAAGACCAACUUCAAGACUACAGGAAGAACAGUACUUACCUUGUGAAGAGGUUAGAGUAUGAGAGUUUUCAGUGUGGACAACAGAUCAAGGAGUUAAGAGCUCAGCAUGAAGAAAAUAUUAAAAAGUUAGCAGACCAGUUUUUGCAGGAACAAAAGCAAGAGGCCCACAAGUUUGAAUCAAAAGGUGGAAAUGAGCUGGAUUCGGAUAAUCAUGCAGUGCCUAAAAGCACUCCGGAAGCUGCUGAGGACGGUGCAGGCAAGAACGGAGAGCCCUCGAGCCGCCACCUUCCACACGGGAAAGAACAAAUCAAACGAGGUGGUGAUGCAGGCAUGCCUGGAAUAGAAGAGAAUGACCUUGCAAAAGCUGAAGAUGUUCCUGUUGCUUUAAAGAAACCCCCCGUUUCCUUCCCUCAAUAUGAACGUCAUCAAGUAAUCUCCCAUCUUCCAACUGGACAACCUCUCUCCCCAAACAUGGUUCCAGAUUCUCAUAUAAACCACAAUGGAAACUCUAGAACUUCAAAGCAGAACCCUUCCAAUCCUCUUCAGCGUUUAAUCCCAGGCCCUAACUUGGGGAGUGAGCCCAGGAUUCAAGCAGGAGCUCCAGAACAGGCUGCCAAGGAUGGAGCUGGCGGUUUCCAUAAACUGAAGCAAAGCCGAUUCUUUGAUGAGAAUGAAUCCCCUGUUGAUCCGCAGCAUGGCUCUAAACUGGCGGAUUAUAAUGGGGAUGAUGGUAACGUAGGUGAGUAUGAGGCAGACAAGCAGGCUGAGCUGGCUUACAAUGAGGAAGAAGAUGGUGAUGGUGGAGAGGAAGACGUCCAAGGUACAGAUUUUGACCAGACAGCCACAAAGGGAAUGGUCUCUUCCACACUGAAGAUAAGAUUAUUUCACUAAUGAUUCAGCAGAGGAAGUCUGUUUUUAAAAUUUUUCUGAGAGGUUUAAAGUUUAUCCUUACCAGUUUGUGAAGACUUGUCUGUUUUAUGUUUAAUACACAGAUUCAACACAUUCCCCUGUUAACCGUGUCCCUUCUGAUUUUAACUUAGUGCAAGUCCAGAAUCCGCCCGUGUGCACGCACCCUGCCCAUGCAUGCAUGUCCGAGUGUGCUGCUUAUUGCAAGUUCUUAGGCCUGUUUUCUGCCUGCUUAUCAUUUAGUAGUAUUUCUGGAGCUUUUUCUCUUUAUAAAAAUUGAUUAUGAAGUUAAUGUGUGAUGUAGUCAAUUUUAUAACACAUUGCAUGAAGUAUUUUUCAAUGUAACCUGUCUUGAUUUCUUUCUUAACUCUUUUUAAAGUAAUUAAAUUUUAUUUUGGUUCCUGAGAAGAAUUAUCUCUGUAAAACUCAAGAAAACAUAGUUGUCCUAGAAUGUUACAUAUUUAAUAGAAAAAGGGGAACUAGUGGCGCUGCCUUCCACCUAGGCAUUACUUUGAUAGCAGAGUCUAGUGUUAGAAGAAUGGUUGUUGGGAAUAGAAAGAGAUUUAUAGUUAUGUAAGGACAUAUCAAUGAGAACUUCUCAAACAUUUUUGGUAUCAUUGAGAAAAUUGUACUCAUCCAUUUUUCUAGUAUCAUCCGUUUUUCAUAAAUCUUACCGUUUCGUUCUCGUCGCUUUUGUAACCUGUUUGGAUUAUAUUUAUUUGCAAUUAUUGUAACGAUGCCUUAAGGCGUUCUCAUGCGUGCAUACCAUAUCGCCAAUUAGCCUGUAAGCUCUUGGAAGGCAGGAGUUUCCAUUUAUUUUUCCAUCUAUUUUGUUCGCGUCAUUUUCUGCCUUCAUUUUCACACCCCCCAAAGAGCCCUUAGCACCCACAGGACCCUUGGGAAACGCUGCUGACUGGUCAUUUUGCGCCUGUCCCACUGAGCUUUUCCCCUGUGGCUGUGACCGGCCAGCAGCCCACUAGCUUCCGGUCUCACAGCCUCGCUGGGUUGGCUUUAAGCACUCUGCUCUCCUGCCGUCUCCUGGGGCCGUUCUGCCGUUGUUAUUAGCGCCGUUCAUUUCAGCGACCACCGGGCUCGCUUCUCCUGCUCGCUGCCUUCGCGCCCGCGGCCCUUGCUGGUGCUGGCCGCGGGGCUCUCGCUCGCUGCCUUCCUGCCUUCUGUGCGACUGCCUCGGCCUCCAGCGCCCGCCCGCUCCCCGCCCUCCCGCCGCGGGUCCUCACGGCCGCUGCCACCCCCGGUCCCGGCCCUCCGCCACCCCUGCCCUUCCUUCCCCCGGAAGAUGAGUGCCCUGACUCCGGCGCCCACGGGGCACGGCCUGCGGUGAUGCCCGCAGGUCAGGGGGGAGGGGUGGGUGCGUGCCGGGGGCUUCCUCAUCUGCACGUGGGUCUUCCCUGAGCAGGGCGUUGCCAUCUGACUUUUUUUUUAUCCCGUUUCGAGGCUCACUAGAUGAGAGCGGCAGCAGGAUAGGGCAGCUUCCCCGGGACUCCUCCACCACCGGGGCGGAAAGAUGCCAGAGCAGCGCUCCAGCAAACGCGGAGGGAGGAGUGUGUGUGAGCCGACUACUCAGGAACAUUCCGGAAACCCGGAUAACUUUAAAUAGGUUUCAGAGAGUCUCUAGAUAUAGUAUUAGCUGUCUAAAACGUGGGAGGGAAAAUUAUGGUUCUUCUCUGGCUCAACAGUAUGUACUUCCAGUGAUCACUGUUUCAGGAGCUGAAAGAAUUCAUCCGCAGAUCCCAUGUGGAAAUAGUAGUUGGGUUCCCGGGUCAGGUUGCACGCGAAGCCAAAGCAGGCAGUGGACGCGAAACGCCACUCGCCGCGGAGCCGGGAGCCAGGCUGCGUGUCGCUCUUCGGGUCUUUUGUACUCGCUCGGCCACCGUUUCUUCAUCCGCAUGUGAGCGUGUUGAACUGAAAUAAACAGAUGGCCCUUCUCAGUUCUAAAAUGUUGUGGUCACACUCACGGUGGAAUCACUAUAUACAAGUGUUAGGGACAAAUGUGUUUCCUAUUUCAGCAUGCCUAAAACAACAUCUUUCCCCAAACCCUGGAAAGAAAGUGGGGACUUUAUGCCACCACUGAAACUCUGCAGGCAGAGAUGUCAACAAUUGAAGCUUGCGCUUUAGAAGCACUUGAACGGUUCUCCCAUUAGGGGCCUGCUCUACUCUCCAUAGGAUUAGGAGCAGGUUUUUUGUUUGUUUUGUUUUUUUCUCAAGCUGUUGUUGGGUCCCUUGUAUUAGAGAUUCUACCUGUGGGAGUGAGGUUCUAGCUUCAGAGGUUCUAGCUAAGGACACCGACUUUGAUCUCUGAAAUUCUGAAUUAUGAAAUGCAGGCUUUGACAGCGUCUCUAGCUCAGCUGGUAAAGAAUCCUCCCGUAAUGCAGGAGACCUGGGUUUGAUCCCUGGGUUGGGAAGA